AUGGAGUUCCUCGGCGUCACCUACGACGUCGUCCCUCUUGACUUUGGUGAUGACCCGGAGAAGGGUGUCAAGGGCGCCAAGUUCCUCAAGGUCAACCCUAACGGUCGAGUUCCAUGCCUCGUCUCCAACGACAGCGAUGGCUUUGCGGGCAACGUCAACUACUUGCACCACUACUGGACCGGAACCUACGGCGAGAAGCCUCAGAAGUCGGCCUUCACGCGUUUCGAAGGCGAGACCGCUCGUCUCUACCAGGUUCUCGAAGAUCAGCUGAACAAGCAGCAGCAGCGUGGCUCGAGCUUCGUCGCUUUGGACCGUCCCACCAUCGCCGACUUUGCCUUUUGGUCCUGGGUCCGCAUCGCCGGCUUCGGCAACAUCGACCUCUCCCCGUACCCCGCUGUUCAGAAGUGGUGUGCCACCAUCGAGAACGAUGCCAAGUCGCAGGCCGCUAUUAACAAGCUCCCCAUCAACCUCUCACACCACAAGCCGUGUGAGAGGAGCAAGUCGUCGCCGUCACAGGCGGACGAAUGGUUUAUUGUGUUAUGUCGACAGUUGUUUUCAAAUUUGGAAAAGCGACUUCGGCUAACCGAUCGAGGCACCCAAGACCUCACCGUCGAUCCGAUUCACAACGACCGGAACAUCAACGACAUCGUCCUUAACCGCUGA